AUGUCAAGAGACAGCUCAUCAUAUGCGCCAAAGUCGCCCGACCUGUCUUCUUUCUACUCAGCAUCAAACUCUGCCGCCGACAUACACACCGUUGCACCGAACCGAACCAGCGCUGCAGGUGCAUAUCCCUUGCAGCCCCAGGCCUCGGCCCAGACGCAAGCAAACUUGUUACCACAGGCCCAAAUUGGACAAGGACAUCCAGCUCUUCCUCUAGAGGGCGCAUACGCUCAAUCAGAGCCCCACCACCACCACCACCAACACCAGCAGCAAUACUACAAUCAAUACCACAAUAGCUACCAGCACCAGCACCAGCAGCAUCACCCCCUUGCACAGCAACAGCAACAGCAACCCGCUGCUGCAGCUGCAUACAUCUCAAACAACGGUCACACAUUCAACUCCUACUCACCUCAGCCCAUUCAACAUCAGGGACAAUACUUCCCGCAGCAGCAAGCACAUAUUACACAACCGCCUGCGCCUGCGCCUGCACCACCCCAGCUCGACUACCACUUACAAACCCCGAGUGCCCCCCAGCCAUACUACUCGGCCUACACCGACACGCCGUCGUCGACCAGCUACCAACCAAUAACGCAACCCCGGCAAUUUCAGAGUCCUCGACAAGACCAGGCCCUCCUUCCAGACCAACCGAAGACCUCGGAUACGCGCGACAUCAUGCCGCCCCGAAAGGCUGCCAAAGCGGUGAAAGAGGAGGAGAUCAUGCAGUCGCCUGUCCGAACCAAGUUCCCCACCGCGCGCAUAAAGCGAAUAAUGCAGGCAGAUGAGGAAGUUGGCAAGGUCGCCCAGCAGACGCCCAUUGCUGUCGGUAAGGCACUGGAGCUCUUCAUGGUGCAGCUCGUCACUAAGAGCGCCGAGGUGGCCAAGGACAAGAACUCGAAACGCAUCACGGCGCACAUGCUCAAGCAAGCAAUAGACUCAACCGAUCAGUGGGACUUCCUGCAAGAUAUCGUUGCCAAAGUGGGCGAGGAGAAGGAAGGAUCCAAGAGCGCAGCGAAAGCCAAACAGGAGAGUGAGAGUGAGAGUCACGACGAGCCAGAACCCGCCGAAGUCAAGAAGAAGGCAAGAGGCGGGCGCAAGAAAAAGGCUGCUUCCUAG